AUGAGCUCAAACAAUUCAACCAUCGACGAUGGAAGCAUCUCUGAUGCAAACCCUAUGUACAAGAUAAUAGGCAUUGUUUUGGCCUUAUCUAGUGGCAUAUUCAUUGGUGCUUCGUUUGUAUUCACCAAAAAGGCUUUAUUGGCUACCAGCCAUCUCAGAACAGCUGAAAAGGAACAUCCAUAUUUGAGCUCCCCACUGUGGUGGGCCGGUAUGGUUUUGACUAUACUCGGAGAAGUCUUCAACCUAGUAGCAUACGCAUUCGCACCAGCAGUACUAGUAACACCGCUGGGCGCCGUAUCAGUCGUAGUCAGUGCAUUCCUAUCCAACUUUUUUCUCAAGGACUAUUUAUCCUUCUCUGGCAAAGUCGGGGCCGUGCAAUGCUUGCUCGGUGCCACACUAGUAGUAUUGCAUGCUCCAGUCAACACUCCAACACAAACUGUGGCUGAAAUAUGGAAUUAUAUCAAGGGUGUUGGGUUUAUAGUGUAUGCCAUGUUAAUGAUUGUAGGGAUUCUAGUGCUGAUAUUCUAUGCGGCACCGAGAUGGGGGGAGACACAACCCAUCGUGUACAUAGCUGUUUGCUCUAUUAGUGGGUCGUUUGUGGUGCUGGCUGUCCAAGGCUUUGGAUCUGCCGUAGUCUACAGCUUCACACACUGGAACACUGGCAACCAAUUCAAAGACCCAGGCCUGUACGGCCUCCUCGCAUUCGUCAUAGUCCUCGUAAUCAUACAAAUCAACUAUCUAAACAAGGCCCUGCACUACUUUACAACAUCCAUCGUAACACCCGUAUACUACGUAUCCUUCACAACAAUGACCCUCGUAUCCUCAUCCAUCCUAUUCAACGGCUUCAACCCAGAAGGUGUCGUAUCAGGUGUUACGCUCGUAGUCGGAUGGUUUGUGAUUGUCAGCGGUGUCGCCCUGCUGUUUAAUUUCUCAAACAAGCUACAGAGAAAAGAAAAAGAGUUGGAACAUCAGCAGUCGGAGAGUUCGUUGGGUGAUAGUGGGUUUGAGGAAGCUGGGGUUAUUGAAAGUCAGGAUAAGCCGGUGGAUGGGAUUUCGAUUGCUAGUCAUGCUAAAUCUAGUAACGUGUCUGGGGGUAGCAGACCACAUAUUCCGCACAGACGCCAUUAUCAGACAUAUGAGGAGGAUGAUUUUGAUGCUGCGUUCCCGAUAGGCUCACCAGCAGGCUUCAUAAUCUCCCCACGCUCCUCCCUCUACAGAUCCCACCACCACCAAUACAACCUCGACAACCCACCCACAACAGCCCCCUCUCUGCGCAAAAACUCAUCUCCACCAGCGCCGUCAACAACAUAUGCUCCACAGCGCCAGCACUCGACACCAGCAGUCUCAUUUGACACUGGUAUAUGGACUCCAGGUCUCAACAGAAGUCGCUCAGACGGCCACAUACUGCAUCAAGAGGGCGGGAGAGCGCCACGUGUUGCGGGACUAGUGAAUACUAAUAUUAUACCAGUCACUACUACCACGUCCUCUGCGUCAUCCUCUGGCGACUCGACGUACUCGCAACCACCAUCGCAGCUACCAUAUAAUAAUACCGGUGGUGGAAGGGGUGGCACGUAUAUGAUGACGAAUCAACCUAUAAAUAGUAGUAAUAAUAGCGGGGUAGUGACAAGUACAUAUCAGGCUAGGCCACCUAAUGGAACACGGAAACCAAGUAAUCCGCAGAUGAGGGCUUCACCGCCUGUUGUAUCGUCUCCGAUAAUGACUACUACAACAACUGCUGCAGGGGCAGGAGUUGUUAUCCCUGCUCGUCGGCCGGCGGUUCCAGCUGCGGCAUUCCCAGCACAAGGUCCGUAUAGCAGGUCGCCGACUAAUUGA